AUGAAUAUUCAGAUGUGGCUUCUGGCGUUGCCCAUUUUGAUCGGAACCGCCUUUGGCCAGGUUGAGGAGUACAAAUUGACAGAUAGCGAAUGCCGUGAAGCUGGUUUUUUGCCAGAGUCUUUGAAUGUUUGUUUUCUUUUCUGUUUUUCAUGAUUUGGACAAUUUUUAAGUGCGAAAACUGUGAAAAACUGCCUGAAUAUAAUCUGGAAACGCUGAUGAGCGACUGCUUGUCCUGUUGUACAAGAGAACAGGAAUAUGAACACGAGGUUUGAUCGUUUCUACGUAUUAGGAUAUAAUAAAUAUUUCACUUCAACAACUACGUUGUCUAGCAAAAUAUAACAUUAUUAUCCUUAUUUUCGAAAUUGUGUUUUAGAAAUAUCCUGUGGCUUUUCUGGAAGUAUGUGAAUGCAAUUUGGCUCGGUUCCCGCAAGUUCAAGGUUUUUUUUUUGUUUUUAAAUAAAGAAAGAUUUUGUACUUAAACAAGAUUUUAAAUCACCCGUUGUCUCUUUUAUUUGAGCAAUUACAUUCCUUGAUAAAAAUUCUAGCUUUUGUGCACCAAGACAUGGCGUCCGCUUGGGGUGGCCGUGUUAAAGUUCGUCAUGUUCGAGGAGUUCGGCCACAAGUUCUUUUGAAGGUUUAAUUUUUUUUUUUUUCCAUCAAUGCGUGAAUGUUCUGUUUUAAUUACGUCUUUUCUCUAAAAUCUUUGAGUUGGAAAGAUCUUUAUGGUGAAUAUAAAAGUUUGUUAAAUACGCGGCAUUUCUUUUUCUUUUUUUGCCAAAGUUUUAAGACUUUUUUUCAACGUAUUUAUAAUUCAGUCAUAGUCGAUAAAAAAUUAUCAUUUUGGCUCAAAAACACGCGUAGAUAAAGAAAAUGUAACGUACAAUUUUCCACGGAGAUAAAAAAAUAAAUAAGGUUGAAAAUUAUUAUGAACUCGAUUUAUUUGUUGAAAUUUGCAAAAACUAAAAUUGAGCCUCAGUUUUGCUAAAUGUCCCCCAAAAUGAAAUGUUUUUUCGCACUCGAAGUUUUUCCUUUUUCAAAUCUUUGAAUGGUUGUCAAUCAUAAUUUGCAGGAUCUCACUGGAACUACGAGACAAACGCUGAACGUGGAGAAAUGGGACACGGACACCCUAAAAGAUUUUUUCAAUCAGUGGAUCGAGUAGAUCCUUCAGUAAAACUUCGAUUUAUUCGCUUGAUUUCAGCUGA